GUGAAGAUUACUAAGAUUGAUGAAACUUUUAGCUGGUUUUACAAUGCUUGCACAAGUUGUGACAUGGAGGUCACAGUUGGAAAUCCAUGUCCAAUAUGUGAAGCUUGCAACAGAUACGUUCCGUAUCCCCAGAAAAAGUUUAAAAUUCAUGUUGUUGCUGAGGACCAAACCGGCCAGAUGCCAGUAGUGUUAGGAGACAGAGAAGUGCGUGCAAUAACUGGGAGAAGAGCUUCUGAUUUUGCUGAUCAGAUUUUCAGUGUGCAAGCCUUUCCGGGAUGUGUGCUUGGUAUUACAGAUAAGGAAUACAGUAUAGUGAUCCAGAUUAGGGAGGCAAACGUUUUGAACAAGUUCAAGUAUUACUGGGCUACUAACAUCUGCAGAGGUUUUGUCAAGCUUCCAGCAGAGGCAGACGAAGGUGCUUCCAGUAGUCGUGCACCAACAUCACAGGCAGCCGAAUCAACUGACAAUGAUCAAGGAAUCUCAACUGUGGACUUAAACUCCAGCUUAACAGUUUAACAAAUGCACACUGCUGUAUGCUGCUGCUCUGCAAAGUUGCAAUUUUCACAAACUGUAAAUUUACCCUAAUGCAAAAGACUGAUUACUUUUGGGCUACUGUUAGCAUCAAAGAACAAUUAACCUUGCUGUAUAAGGAGUUGUACCCUUCUGAAAUUUUAUUAUUCAGAAAUUAUCAAGUGAAAAAUCUUUUGGGAUUCUUAGUUUGCACAUUCGACUUUUGAAAAGCACCAAAUAUAUAUGCCAAAAAACUCUAAUAGAAUUCUGCAGGUGCCAUAGAAAAAGCUAAAUUUGUAGCAUAGGCUUUGCAGGGCACUCAUACUGGACUGCAUAUAUGAACAGGAAUCCUGAGGUAAAGUAACAAGAUUCCUUUCAAUAAUAGCUACCAGCCAACAAAAAUACUGUGAGGACAAGUAAAACUUGGAAAGAAGUGCAAUCACCUGGGCCUUUAAAUCCAGCUCCGCUUCAAAGAAAAUAUUCACACAAACAUGGCUGAGAUCCCAUACCAGAUGAUAUCAAAUCUACGGCCUCAAAUAACAACUGCUUGGAGGCUAAAAGUCCGAGUAACGAGGAUUUGGCAGGCCAUUACUCAGCAGGGAGAUACAGUUGGUAUAAACUGUAUUUUCGUCGAUGAAUUGGGAGGCCGUAUCCGUGCCUGGAUUGCUGCUGCAAACAUGAAUCAACUUCAGAGUUUGAUUACGGAGGGAGAAACCUAUAAUGUCCAUAACUUUGUUGUUAGGCAAUAUGGUGCCAUGCAAACUGAAAGAUGCUUUGAAAAUGAUUUCUUCAUCCAAUUGUAUCAUAUGACUAACAUCUUUGUAGCUGAAGAUGUGGAUUAUAUCCAGCGUCAUGUGUUUCAGUUCACUAACUUAUCAGCUAUAAUCGAUGCUGCAAGGGAAAACAACUUUCUAAUCGAUGUUGUUGGAGUUCUACAACAAGUGCAGCCUAUGACUACCUACAGGAACAAAUAUAACCAGCUCAAAAACAGCAUUCAGUUUACCAUCAACGAUAUGAACAGUCCUGCGCAAGUAAUAUUCUAUGAUGAAAUGGCGCGAUCUUUUGAUCAGGAACUCCACAAUGCUGGCCAGCAUCCAGUAAUCCUUAUCAUCUCCAGUGUUAAAGCUCGCAUGAUCCAAGGUGAGGUGAAGUUGACAAACUAUCCUGCGACGAGGUUUUUCAUAAAUCUUCAUCAUGAAGCUGUGGAGGAUCUGAGAGAUGCAUUGAGGUUAGUAAAUUCUCCUAUGUAAUGCAUGUUUUUGUAAAUAAGUGUGAACCGAUUGAAUGGUACAGAUUGGCAAAUUGGCGUCUCCAUUGAUGCUCGGAAAUGAAAGACACCUACAAGAGGAUUCUACUACCUGCAUCAUUCCAUCAUGCUAUUCCAAUUAUUCAAUCGUCCUACUUAUCUUAUUUCAUGUAUGGUUUGCAAGCCAGAUUAAAAACUUUGUAUUAUUCUUAAGAUAAUGGUGCCGUAGGUUUUUAUAACUCUGUUUUAAGAACUCUGUAUGAAGAGCUCUGUAACUCUUAUGUCAUUUGCAAUCUAUAUUCAAGUAUUAACA